CGGGGCUUCCCUCAGUGGGCGGGGCGCGCGCCGUACGCACGGCGGGAAGCGGUGGUGACGCCGUGCGUGGCGGCGGCGUGUGUGACGCAGUUGCCCAUGGUAACCCCGGGCCGCGCCGAGGAUGGGUUUAUUGUCGAUCCUGCGUAAACUGAAAAGCACCCCAGACCAAGAGGUGAGGAUCCUCCUCUUGGGACUGGAUAAUGCAGGCAAGACCACGCUCCUGAAACAGCUGGCAUCUGAGGACAUCAGCCACAUCACACCAACACAGGGCUUUAACAUCAAAAGUGUACAGUCUCAAGGCUUCAAGCUGAACGUAUGGGACAUAGGCGGACAGAGGAAGAUCAGGCCGUACUGGAGAAACUAUUUUGAAAACACUGAUAUCCUUAUCUAUGUCAUUGACAGUGCAGAUAGGAAGAGGUUUGAAGAAACGGGUCAGGAGCUGGCUGAGCUUUUGGAUGAAGAAAAGCUUAGUGGAGUCCCUGUGCUCGUAUUCGCUAACAAGCAGGAUUUGCUGACGGCUGCCCCUGCUUCAGAGAUUGCCGAGGGACUGAACCUACACACAAUCCGGGACAGAGUCUGGCAGAUCCAGUCUUGUUCAGCUCUUUCAGGAGAGGGAGUACAGGACGGCAUGAACUGGGUGUGCAAAAAUGUCAAUGCUAAGAAGAAAUAAAGCAUUCUGAGCUGCAUGGAAAUGGAGGAGCGGUGGGAGCAGAAUUCUAGCCUGAAAACACUAAUUUGCUGCUUUCUGACCAAAUGUUUUUCCAUCUGUGCACAGCUACAGCUGUUAAAAGAGAAAAAAAAAGAGAGAAAAAAAGGGAACAACAUCGGUUAAAACCUACACUGCUGGAUUUGGAACUUGACCUGCUCUUUUUAGUAUCGUUUUUUAUCCCAAUAAAGGAAUUAUGUAUUUCCUCCCUACGCAUAAAAUAGUAUUAAAUGUCUGAUUAGCAAGCACGUCUUUAAGCAGAAGCAAGACUGUGAUUCAGUGUGGAACAGAGGGAGUGGUGAGUUACUGUAGUUGCUUAGAUUCAGAGGACCUGCCCUAUACGUGCAGGUUUGCGGUUGCUGAGGACAUGCUCAGGUGUCAGUCACAGCUUCCCCUCAGUGACAGAAAAAAUGCGGUUGUGUUACCAGUUGUGUGUAGUUUCUUAAAAUAAAGCUGCUAAGGAGUCAUUUGUGUAACGAGGAUAGAAGACUUUCACAUAUUCCUAUAGCCAUAAAAGAGGAGUUUGCUCAUAACGAGGUACUGUUGCAUUGCGACACCACUGUAGAAGGGAGAGAAGGGUUAUAUGUGUAUAGUUGAAGCUCUUUACAGUUGGAAUAAUGCAGGAUGAGCAUGCCUUGGGCUUUUCUCGCAGUUGAAGGAGAAUUUAGCCCAGCAUUUCACCUUGAGCCAGCAAAAACGUGGUUCCCAUGUUCAGUAAGUUCCAUAUGUGAGAUUAGUCUUGAUGUUGAAUAAUCCCUGUUGAUUUUCCCUUGAUGUUAAGGCAACUCUGCAGCAAAAUGCAAUUAAGUCCAUGAUUACUUUCUAGAAUGAGAUACCAGGUCCCAGGUUUCCUUUUUGAAAUGUGCAAAAUAUAUCUCCAACCCUCUUUCCUCGCAGGCCUUGCCUAGCGCUUGGGAGGAUGCAGGGGACUGCCCAUGGCGGGUUGCCUGCCCAGGGCCUGAGGUACCCCAGCCCAGUGGUGGCUGCAGAUUGUCCUGGUGAAGGGUGAGGAUCCUAAUGAACAGCAGAUGAGGGAUGCUCUUUAAAACCAGGAUUCAUUCUUCCCAAAAUUGGCUUUCCCCUGAAAGGAUGCAGUUGCUGAAAUAGCAAAGAGAAUGUGUUUUCCACCUCCUUGUUCCUGAUUCAAAUCUAGCCCCAGCUGACAGUGAGCGGGAGUCAUUAGCACGCCAAAGCAGCCACGUCCUGCAUGAAGCAAGCUUGGUGACUCCCGGGCCAGUUUCUAAUGCACAGAUGGUAAAAUAAUCCCACUGCCCUGCUUGCCAGCUUUGUUUGCUGCCUGCCUGCGAAAGGCCAGGGAAUGACUAGGGACUGCACUACCCUUUCCACCUCUUGGAGACGGACCGGUGGGCAGUAUGGGGAAAGCUGCGUGUACUAAAGCAUGUGGCUUUACCACGCGUCAGCGAGUUGACUCAUGGACCCAGGCAGACGGCUGACACCCCUGGAGCUCCCAGCUCUUUGCUCCUCCCUUCCCCUGGACGUCUCCACCUCACGGCAGAAACAUCUGCACUGUGCGCAAAGCAGCCCCUGGCCGCCUACGUGCUACAGCCCAGCAGAUUAAAAUCAUCUGGCGCCGAUUCCAGAUCCCCCCAUACAUCAGGAUGUACAGUAGCGGUUCGGGGGUUGAUCUGCGUGUAGUUCAGCUGUCUGCUGUGGCUGGGGGCAGAGGGACAGCUGGGACAGCAACUGCGUUAGCAAUCCAACUUUAAUCUGCCUGUGUCCGUGAGUCAGCACCCUCUGAGUGCAUCUGCCUCCAACACGGAGGCAGGACAUGCAUACCGGAGUAGCACAGCCGUGCUUUAUAAGCCAGAUGACUACGAAAGAAGGAAAGGCAGGCUCAAGUGAGCUGUUAAGCAAUCGCUAAUGACACAGAGUGACACAGCUCCUGCUUUGCAUGGAUUGAGAAAGCAGUCAUAAGAUGAGAUGCUCAUUUAAACAUAGCUCGUUCUGUAACUCCCAACUGCAGUGGCUUAUCAGGAACCCCAGGAAUCCGAGCACUGCAAGUUCCUGGGUCAGCCCAAGGAGGAGAAAUGCAUACCAGCUUCACCUUUUUCUUGCAAUUAAUGCAUUUGCCUGGUGCAAGCACUGUAAUGAGUUGCAGCCCUUUCUCGGAGACACACUUCAUGCUGGCUGUAUGGCAGAGCUUUGUGACAGAUACUCCUGUGCUUUGGAUUUGCCCACACUGCAUGCCAGGUGCAGAAUGAAAUGCUUGGGUACCACUCCUCUGGCCCAGGCAGGGCAGAGCACAGUCCCCUCGGGGAGGGCUUGGGUGCUGAUCCUUCUCUCUUGCAAAGAAAUUGAGUAGCUGCUUCCCUGCUCCCUACUUUUUUACCAGUGUCAAACUUACCCUGUGACACCCAACCUGUGUCACAGUCAGCUUUAUAGAUAUAAAAAGUAUGCAGUAGGGCAAUUUAGGGUUUUUUUAGGCUCACAUUGGUUAAACUUCAAAAUGUGUGUGGAAUAAAUAUAUAGUAUUUUUCCUGUCGCUCUAGUUUGGAAGGAAAAUUUGCCUUACUGAACUCAGGAUGUGUUUGCUGGCUCAUUCGUUAUGUUUGCAUGUAGCUUCACAUAUUGGCUGCGUGCACCUGGACCAGCCAGAGCUUCACCUGUAAUCCAGUAGAUUAAUUUGGUUUACCUGUGCCAGGUAGUGAGAGAGGAAGACCAUGAGAGAGAGGGUUCAAAUGAAUAUGACUUAAGUAAAUCAUGCUGCAGUGAUGUCUGUAAAUGCUCUGUGUAUUGCAAACUUCUCUCUGUACGUUGACCUAGUGAAAAUGUGAAAGGAUUUGAGGUUCUGUUCACUUGCCACUCCUUAUCUCAACACAUUUACAUCCGCUAUAGCCUCCGCAGGGCUCAGCUCUCUUCCCUCAGCAGCAUCUGGCUAAAUACCACCUGUAAAACUGGCUGGGGCCAGCCUAAACACCGUUCAGCAACACCACAGCCGCUUGAGCCCUGUUUGGUUUAUGGUAACUGCAUACGCGAUGCUUUGUCCUUCCAACUCUGCCUGCUUUGCCCUCUUUUAAGUGAGAUUCAGGAGAAGCAAACUGUCUCAUUGGUAUGGGUGGAGCUCUGCCACAUGUCGCAUCAAUUCAUAGAUUUUUAGAACAAGAAAGGACUGUUACAUUCCUCUCUCCUGACCUCGUGUGUAACACAGCCCAUUAAAUGCCACCCCGGCGGCACGCUGGCUUGUGGUUGAAAUAGAGCACGUUGGGUAGGAAGCCUCACAGCCUUGAUUUAAAGGCUUGAGGUGAGAGAUCCGCCCUAAGUUUGUUGCAGGGGUUAAUUCCCCUCCUGCAGGGGAUUUGUCUUGCUUCACUUUCACAUCGUUAAAUCUGGUUUUACCUUUGAGAUAGAUGAGAGGAAUGCAUCUCCUGCCCCUUGGUGUUCUUGGGAGGGGAGAGAUGAUGGAGAAGUGACAUUCUCCAUUGGAGACCAUGGGUCCAAGCCCCUGCUCCAACUGCAAACGCUGGACCUGGGGACUUGUGUCCUCCUCCAGCGACAGCCACAUCCCUCCGUUGCAGCUGUGAUGAAGACGGUCUGUCCCUGCCCCCCAAGAACACUUGCCAAAGCUUCAUGCAACCUCCUUCUCCUCCUCCCCCACGUUGCUUCUUGCACACUAACGACUUCUUCCUCUGUCAAAAAUAUAACUGAUGACCGGACUUUUAAAAUUAAGUGUACUGGGAUGAGACCAGGCCACUCAGACUGGCCCCUGCCCCACAGGGUUUGCUCUUCUGCAGAAGCAAAAGGUGGCGCCUAUUGCAUUCCCUCGGCCGGCCAGGUCCACACAAGCUCUUUCUUUUAUGUUCCCUUUUUUAAUUUCAC